AUGGCAACAGCGGACGAUAUCAAGGUGGAAGGCAUCACUACUUUCAACACGUCUGCAACUCCUUCCUUCCGUUAUGUCAUCGAGUUAAAGGAUGAGAAACUGAGCGUGUCGAUGGAGGACCGCUCCAGCAAGAAGCAGUGGUACACGGGAGAAAUGGAAAAGAGCGCUUACAUCACUGCAAACAACUCGAUUACGGAUGCAUCAACCACCGACUACGUUAAACUCUUCCGUGACGCCCUGGAUUCCGAUCUGAAUUCGUCGGGCCAAGUGCAGCGGAAGCUGACGACACUAAAUGGCGGGGCAGCUCGACUGGAAUUCGCUCUGAGCGUCCGUGUCCUCCGCUCAGUGUGGCUCGCAGAGUACAAGUUCGACCUCGAGCCUGUGUCGGUGGAGCGAAUCGACGUCUUGGAAUCCAAACUGCGCGAUCAGGAGGAAAAGCUGGAAAAGCUGCAAGCAGAUCGAGCAUUAUCCGGGCAAAACGCCGCGUUCAUUCACCUUGUGGCCACUACGAAAGGUGACAGGUCGAGGCUUCGGUGGAGCAAGUUCGAGUCUGAAGAUUUCAGCGUGAACGGCGAAGACGGAGUCGUGAAGGUGUUGCAGCCUGGCAUCUACAGCAUUGGAGCUGUGGUGACCUCGGCGCCGGAACUCAGUUGCAGUGUGCAGCUGAUGAAGAAUGGCACGAGUCUGCAAGUGGCGUACUCGGGCUUUUCCAAGGGCUACUCUUGUUCGAUACCGCUGAACUCGGUCACGCAUUUGGAGAUGAACGACGAACUGAUAGUCACGUGCAGUAGCAAGCCUUCUAGCAUGUCGUAUCUGUCUGUAGUGCGACUGAGUAACUGA